CGUUCAUCUUCAUCCGUCGUCACUCUCUCUUGUUUGACGAGUUUUUGUGGUUUCUUAGGGUUUUUUUUUUUUUGAUCCGCAAUGGCGAAUCUAAUGCAUAGAUUCAUCAAGAGCAAGUCUUGCUUCAAUUCAAUCCAGAGGCUUACUAGUACUACUCCUUCUCUCUUCACAUACCAGAAGCCCUUCUUCAUCAACAACAACAACAUCGAGUCUGCUUUUGAGAAGCCCGAUCCAGUUUCUCUAGUUAACCCUGUGACUACAGUCUCCGGAAAUGAUUCCAGUAAUCAACCUAUGCGGUUUUACCCAAGUUUCUCUAUUGGGUUAUGCUUGAAUCCCAAUGAUAAGAUCCAAGGUCUGGAUCUAGCUGAAACAAAGGAUGAGGAGGAGGAGGAGGAGGAGGAGAAAGGUGCGAAGGAGAUUGUGAUUUACGCUGAUAGUGUGAAGAAGAAGAGGAAGAAGAAGAUGAACAAGCACAAGUAUAGGAAACUCAGGAAACAGCUUGGUCGCAAGUCGUAGAUUUUGCUGCUGCUUUAUUAUUUUGCUAUUCCGGUGAGAAAAUUACUACUUUCAUGUCUUCUUAAUGAUUGGGGGAUUCAAAGGACGAACCUUUUUUCUUGAACUAGAACAUAAUGUUUCUAAGUUUCUCUGAAUAGCUUUGAGAUUUCCAAAUUCCAAAUUACAUUGCAUUGUUAUUAGUCUGUGUUCUUCGUUUGAAGCCAACACAAUUCUAAUAAAAAAAAAUUAGCACUCAGGUGCAGAGUGUUAUGUCUC